AUGUUUAAAAGAAUCGCAAUAGCCCAGAUAAGAACGUAUACAAAUGGCGUUGUUUUCAAGACAGCCUCUAAACCCAAAAGAAGAUGGAUUCCAUGGACAAUUUUUGGGGGAAGUUUUCUUGGAGGGUGGUACUUGACACAGCAUAUGACGUUCACGGACUUACUAGCUUAUUGGAGAUAUGAUGCCCUACCCAAGAACGCAGAUGAAGUCGUCAAAUAUCACGCUGAUCUGAAUAGACGUUUAAAUGGCCUACCCAUAGUAAAACAGUUGGAGAAUGCUGGUUUUGUACAAGUGAUUGCUAAUGAAGAGGAGAACUUGUUAGUGUCAAGGGCAUUAAAUACACCAGGUGGCGUCGCUAUACCACCAAGAGUUUACUACAACCCCAGUAGGCGUGAAACUGUCGGGCUAUACCAUUUAGGAAUGAAACUUACUGGUUAUCCUUUCUUAAUUCACGGAGGCAUUUUAGCAACAGUUAUUGAAGAUUUAAUGAAGGAGGCCAUUAGACUCGAAAAAGGAACAAAAAAUAUAAACCAAGAAACCAAGAAUUUGAGUAUCUCGUACAAGUUCCCCACGUUAGCUAAUCAAUUUGUUGUAGUAAGAACCACCGAUCUUCAGCAAUACGGUAACAAAACUAAAUUAAAGGCUGAACUUAUGGACCAAAGUGGCAACAGGACAUUGGUCAAAGCUAAUGCCACGUUUUCUAGCGAACAAGGGAAUCCAAAAGAAGAAAAAUAG